CCUCCUCAGCAUCACCGCGCUCCCAUCCCUAGCCUCCGCCCACUGUACGCCCUUCCCCACACCACACCACACAGCCUAUCCCCCCCUCUCUAACAGACAGCCCCAGACGUCUUCUGGGCCCUCAUAAUAAACGGCAACGUCACCAGCCCCUGGGAAUACGUGCGGCAUGUCACCGUCCUCCUUUCCUCUCCACCCCUCCCCACCCAUCCAGCUGACUACUAACUCCACAGCAACCCAACCCGCUAUGCCAAACGCGAUCCCAUCCACCUCUCCGACCCGCCCGCCGACCUGCUCUGCAACACGGACGCCUUCGCCGCCGCGCAGAAUACGUCGACGGCUGUGCUUAAUGCCGGGGUUGAUGAGGUCGCGUUCCAGUCUGCUACGGUGCCGUGUCGGUAUGGCUGUGGGUGGCAGGUUUAUCCGAUUUUCCACCCGGGGCCGUUGGGGGUUUAUUUGAGGUACGUCGGGUCUUUCUCCCAGUUACAAACUCCA